GUCAGCUGGGUGUGUUCUUUAGCUUGACGUGUUUGACCCACUGUAUCAAAUGUGAAGCACUAGCAGCAGAGGGAAUUGUUAGUUUCAAUUGAGCAUUGACCUGUUUUCUUCUGUAUUUCCCAACAUUCAUGCUGUCAGGACGAAAGCUCUGCUGCAUUCUCUCUCGGUCCACCAUUGAAACAAGGAAAAGGGAGCACACUGAAAUUUGUUGCUACAGAUAGGAAUCACUUUCUCCUGACGCAGGAAUGAAGAGAGCUGCGCUGUUUCUGAUCGCUGUCUACGCAUCAGCGCCUGUCAUCCUCUACCUAUUCCCCUGGAUCCUGGGCCAUAUCAUCUUCUCUCACCUGUUGAGGUUUCCAUUGUUUGUGGACCUUGGCAAACCUGAAGCCGUGCUGAACCACACAUGCAACUUCUACCUGGACACAGAGGAGGGCGUCUCAGUGGGUGUCUGGCAUACACUCCCCGCCAGCCAAUGGGACGAGGCCAUGGGGAGAAGCCCUGAGUGGUACCGGGAAACUCUGGGAGACGGCCGCCCUGUUAUUAUCUAUCUCCAUGGCAACUUAGGGACCAGGGCCAUACAUCACAGAGUGGAACUGGUGAAGAUUUUAAGUGCUGCAGGGUAUCAUGUCUUAUCUUUAGACUACAGAGGUUUUGGAGACUCCACCGGGGAGCCAAGUGAAGCUGGGUUGACCAGUGACGCUCUCUUCCUCUUCCACUGGGUAAAGAAACACAGCAGAGGAGGUCCUGUCUGUCUGUGGGGACACUCACUCGGCACUGGGGUGGCAACCAAUACUGCAGUGAAAGUCCAAGAACAAGGGUCUGUUCUUGAUGCUUUAAUCCUUCAAGCUCCGUUCACAACUAUGGGAGAAGUUGUCGUCAACUAUCCGCUCACUAAGGUAUACAUGUUCCUUCCAGGAUUUGAGAGCUUGCUUAGGAACAUUGUGGCAAUGAACAACAUUGUGUUUGCUAGCGAUAAAAAUGUGAAGACCCUGACCAGCCCUCUACUUAUCCUGCAUUCAGAGGAUGACGAUAUUGUACCUCAUCACAUGGGUCUGAAGCUGUACGAGAUAUCCCUCCAGGCUCAGAAAGAAUACAACACAGAUGUUCAGGUUGAAAUGAUUUCCUACAGUGAAAAUCUUGGAUUCUCCCACAAUAAGAUCUACUUAGAUCCCAAUCUGUCAAAUGUUGUCAGGAAAUUUCUACAAAACCUGAGUCAAUAGAUCGUCUUUUCCUCCUCCAGAGAAGUAAUUAAUAGAUUCCAACUUUAUUUAUUUUUGUCACAAAAUGCAUGCGUCUGCUCUAAAACAAAAAGCACUGUUUUACAUUUGACAUUACGCUUUAAUUAAAACACUGGAACAAAAAUACUGCAGAUCACAAAUUAAGUAGGUUUGUAGCUUUCAUUAGCCAAGUUGUACUGAUAUGGACUCGUAUGUAUUUUUGUGUCAAUCUGCCUGCUUUGUCUCUCAGAACUUUCAGCAUGAAGUGGCAGGAAUGUAAUAAAAAAAAAAUUAAAAAAAAAGUGUUUAGUCAGCUGCUCUGUUACCGACAUCCUACUGAAUUCCUGAGAUGUCACAUAUGAAGGAAUGAUUUGACCUCGCACGCCACACCGACUCUGGAUUUUCUGUAUGUGUUGGUGCUGAAGGACUGUAACAGACAUUUUGUGCAAGUACUUUGACAAUAAAAAAAAAAAAAAAAGUGAUCAGAAAAUUUAAA